UCCAUGGAUUGCAAGAGGGUGAAAAGGAACGCUGGUUGGAGCUCGAUUAAACUAAAUGGAAUUGCUCAUGAGUUUGUUGCAGGAGAUGAUUUGCAUCCUCAAACCCAGGAGAUAUACCUAGUUCUACAUGGAAUUACAGAACAUCAACUUCAAGCAUGACCCGAAACAACUCCCAGUUGAGAUUAGGAAAUCCAUGGAUUGCAAGAGGGUGAAAAGGAACGCUGGUUGGAGCUCGAUUAAACUAAAUGGUAUUGCUCAUGAGUUUGUUGCAGGAGAUGAUUUGCAUCCUCAAACCCAGGAGAUAUACCUAGUUCUACAUGGAAUUACAGAUCAUCAACUUCAAGCAUGACCCGAAACAACUCCCAGUUUCCAUGGCAACCGUCUGUUAUUUUUUAUUCAUACCCUUGAGUCGGUUUCUCUCUCUGUCCCUACAGGAUAUCAGUAUAAAAUUAAACUAUACUGUAGCGACAAGACGUGGAGCUUCAAGAGGCUUCUACGUUGAUCUGCACUCUGUUAAAUCUCGACAAGUGUCCCUUACUUUACACUAUGCUACGUGGCUCCAGAACCCUCUCUUAUCCAUGUCUACCUGCAGUGACACUUUCUAUUUAUAGGCCAAAAAGUCCACAACUUUUCUCCAAACAGCAAGGAAACAAGCAAAGCGAAGUGAGAAUCUUGUGACAUAAACAUGGCAUUCAGAUCAACGAGGUUAUAUAAGUUUGUGGCAACCCAGUUGGGAGGAAAUGCAAAGUACGCCACCUGGACACCACCGAAACCAAAGGCGUUCUCACAAAUCGGCGAUGUGGGUCUGAUCGGAAGGGCGGAGGCGAGCAAGGGAAGAGCAAGGAAAGGUGAUUUCGUGCCGGUUUACGUGGCUCUAGGCAUGAUAGCCAUGUCGACCAUGAUGGGACUGUACACGGCGAAGCAGCAACUGAUGUACUCGCCGGGAGUGCGGGUAAGCAAGAAGAUGAGGGAGACGCUCCCGGAGGUGGAGGACCCAGAUAAGGUGGUGGAGGAGGCAGAUAAAUUUGUGAGGAAAUCCUUUUUCAGGAACUUGGCACACGUGCAACAACAUGAUUUCACUGAGAUACCCGCAAUUGAUCCCAUUUGUGCUGAUGAUUCUGUUCUCAGAAGUCAUGUUGAGACGCUCAAGUCUGUUGGGGUCGAUCCUAAACUCCAUUGAUCCGUAUUACCAUAUAAUUUGUUGGUUCUGUUACUUUGGCUUUUGGAAAAUCCUUUUCGUGUCGCUUUGGUAGAUGAAGAGAAAGUUGAAGACGAAAGAAAUAAUCAUGUUUGGAUAAAUGUUGUAUGUAUAAAAGCUAAUGUAAUUGCUUGUGUAGAUGCUUAGAACUACUUGUAAGUUAAUGCAGCGCGGGGACUUAGUUGGAAGAGAGCAGGAAAAAAAGGAAAAUUUUUGAAUAAAAAAUGUGUGCGCAUCCGGGGAAUCGAACCCCGGUCAGUACCGUGGGAGGGUACUAUGAUACCACUACACCAGAUGCGCUCCCAUUUUUGGGAGGUCUAAA